CUUCAAGUUCAUUUUUUUUAUAAAUAAAUUAAAAAAUAAAUAUACAAAGCACAAGUAGGAAAUAAUAUUUAACCUAAUCGUGAAACCUGCUAGCUUAGUUCGAACUCUAGACCAUCACGCGAGCAAGGUUUCUGAACGAGAGAGCCAAUAUGCAGGCGAGUGAUAGGUUUAACAUCAAUUCCCAACUUGAGCAUCUUCAAGCUAAAUAUGUUGGAACUGGCCAUGCUGAUAUGAACAGAUUUGAAUGGGCAGUGAACAUUCAGCGUGAUAGCUAUGCAUCAUAUAUUGGGCAUUACCCUUUACUUUCAUAUUUUUCUAUUGCUGAAAAUGAAUCUAUUGGAAGACAACGCUACACUUUUAUGCAGAAAAUGCUCCUGCCUUGCGGUCUGCCUCCGGAAAGAGAAGAAGACUAGAAUUAUCAUUGGGAUUACAAAAGGAUCAUUAUAGGAGAGUUUAAAGGCUAUUGACUGUUUGUUGUACUUUAUAAUCUGAUUGAAGAAUCAUAUGUUGUGUUUGUUUAGAGAUUGUUCCAUCAUUUUUUCUUCAGUUUGUAGUUCCUUUAGUUUGGCUGUUAUUAUUGUAUGAAGCCUCUGGAAACUAAGAUCAAGAGACAUUGAGUUGCAAAAAAGUUUGUAUUUUUAAUGAAUUUUAGUGGACAUAUUAUAAGAUUUAUAACAUCGGAAUUAGGGGUUUACUUUAA